AUGCAGAACACUGCGGCCGAUCCUGAUCUAAUGCUAGCCAUGCUACAUUAUCUCCCCAAGAGCAAGGAUUCUUUCAUCAUUUUACUCGGGGCGAAGAUCGUUCAAUAUGCUGUGUGUGUGCCAAAUCAGGAUGUUCUACUGGCCAUGCCACCGCCAUUUCAGGAGUGGCACGAGGCGGUGACGGAGCUUGAAUGCCAUCGUACUUGGUGGAAUGUACACUAUGCCCCGCUCUCGACAUAUCACACAACGUUUUCUGCCAGAAUCAUACGCAUUCAGCUCAUUGCGGUGAAUAGUGGGAGCAAGAACAUGGUUCCAAAAAGUGUUAUUGUCAGGCCAUUUCCGCGUCCUCUGCGCCAACGGUAA